AGGGAUUGGCAAUUUGUUUAGAAAAAAAAAAAGCAAACGGGAGACAUCAUGGCGCCAUCAUCAGUUCACAUAGUUUGAAGCUUUAUGUUGUUCAUAUCUUUCACUGAAAACUUUUCAAUAUGUCUUGUAUCCAAGUUGCGCUAUCAUACGAGAAGAUCCUGUUUUUUGAGCCCAACUUUCACCAGUCGAAAGCACCCGACCCAUCGGUCGCUGCAAGCUAGUUCUCAACCUUCACAAAAGUCUUAUUUUCCUUUUAGUAUCAAAGAAUGGAUUAGCAACCUACACUGGCCACUUGUUUUAUACACUCCUCCGUUGUAUUGGUUUUUACGCCAAUUGGCUCUAGGAAGUGGCCUUUCUUUGAGUCAGAGAAUCCUUUUUUCGACGCUGGCGAUAUUCCUUUGUGAAUUAUUUCGAUGUUUAUUGCAAGAUUUGGCAGCCUUAGGUGUUGCUAUUGGAAGAAGACUCGGUUGGUUGAGAAAAUACCGAGAUGGAAAGGAGCUACGUUUGUUACCUCAUAGUGUUCCGUUGUGGGAGUUGCAUCGUCAUUUUUAUGUUCUGAUAGGCACAGCUGUAUUGGAAUUGAUUAGUUUUUAUGAAGCUAUUUUUUGGAGUGAGCGCGUGGGCUUGGUAUUAUUGAUUCUUUCUCAGUGUUUUUUCAAUGUUAUGACAGAGCUUCAAAUUACAAAAGAUGGCAAGUGUGAGAGGGUUCAGUCACAAGCACGUGCGCUGAUGUUGGUUGGAGAUGGACUGUAUUUGUUCAUAUGUUUGUUGUAUUAUGUUGGAGUUUUUCCUUUGAUUACGUCGAGUUGUUGUCUUAUACUGUUAUUGGUUUACUUGGGACUCAAAUAUACGCGUCCAAGUAGAUAAAGAGAUACAUGCGUUUUCUCUCUUAUUGCUAAGACGCUUGCAUCUUUGUUGUUUUUAUCUAUUGUCGAUUCACAAGAAAUUGUUGUGUCUUUGU